UGUCAUGGAAGUGGAUCCAUAUGGAGUGUAUUUCUAGUUCUUUUUGAUGAAAAUUAACUGUUAAAGUAGUCUCUUAACUAUAGUACAUAAAUUUUGUAGGUAGUGGGUUUUUUUUUUAUGUUUUAGGAAAUAAAACAUUUAUCUUUCCAGUUGGACUCAUGGUGAUUUGCAGUAUAUUUUUAAUAUAUACACUAUAUAUAUAUAUAAUAUAUAUAGUUUAGAGCAACUACCCAAUGUGGGGCUCAAACCCAUGACCCUGGGAUUAAGAGCCUGAUGCUCUUCUGACUGAGCUAGCCAGGCAGUUAAAUGUAUAGUUUAACAUCUUAGUUGUUUAAAUUGUCUUUUAAGGGGUCAUUGGAACAAUGACAUUGUGGUAUUUGUUGGAAUUUUCCUACUGGCUUAGUGUGGCAGAUACUGGAUAAUCAACCAUUACAUAUUUUCCACCAUGGUAUUGAGACAGCCUUUAUUUAUUUAGGCCAGUGGAGCCUUAUUCCAUUUUUCUUAAACAUAGUUGGUAGAAAUUUGUAAUUAUGCAGAGUUCUUCAAAGUGUAUAGUCUCAUGUGAAUUGUUACUUUGAACUUUUAUGCUUUGCUUUGUCUUCACUUAUGAUUGUAAAUUAAAACUAGGUUUUUUAUUUAAGAGACACUUGUGAUGUGACCAUGAGAUAUCAAGUUCUGGAUUGUGUUACAUCAGCAUGAGUAGAGUUAGGAACUACAGUUCCCCAGAUCCCUUCCCUUUAUGAUUCUGUGACCAAGUAUACCAGAAGCCUAUUGAUGUGAGAUUUGAAAGGCAGAAGUGAAGCCAUUACUAAGGUCUUGCAGUUUGUUGUUGUUUAGUCGCUCAGUUAUGUCUGACUUUUUUGCGACCCCAUGGACUGUAGCCCACCAGACUCCUCUGUCCAUGGGAUUCUCCAGGCAAGAAUACUGGAAUAGGUUGCCAUUUCCUUCUCCAGGGGAUCUUCUUGACCUAGGCAUGGAACCUAUGUCUCCUUCAUUGGCAGGUGGAUUCCUUACACUGAGCCACCAGAGAAUCUAUAGAUACAUUUACUUAUCACUAACAUGACCAUUUUGGUUUCCUAACAUAUUUUGAGGCAUAUUGUUGGGGAAAGGUCAAAGAGCUGCUUCUAGAACUGUUCCUUAAGAUAAUAAGCCUGAGGCAACACUCAUUCAUGGAGGAAUUUCAGAGAUUAUUGCUGCUUUCAAGUCAUGGGUGAUACAAGGAUUUUUUUUUUUUUUAACUAAGCUUUUCUUUCAGUUUGGUUGUUAUAAAAGCUAUGAAAGGGGAGUUUGAAAUAUCACAAUCCUUUUUAAGGUGCUUUUAAAAAACUUGUAGUUGAUUUACAAUGUUGUGUUAAUUUCUGCUGUAUAACAGUGAUUCAUUUAUAUAUGUGUGUAUAUAUGUGUGUAUUCUUUUCAUUUUCUUUUCCAUUAUGGUUUAUCACAGUAAUCGAAUAUAGUUCCCUGUGCUAUAUAGUACGACCUGGUUGUUUGUUAUUAUUGAUACAUUAUUAUUGACUGAAGUCCUUAUAGGCCAGUGCUGAAGUUCCAACUUCAACCCCAGGUAUUUUAAUUGGCAAACAACCUGAUACCCUAUGAACCACAUACACCCAAAUCAGGUCAUAUGAUUUAAUUCUAUUUGUGGACUUCCCUGACAGUGCAGUGAUUAAGACUGCGCUUCCACUGCAGGGGCACAGGUUCAUUCCUGCUUGGGGAACUAAGAUCCUUCAUGCCACAUGGCGCCCCUACACCACCCCCCCCAUGCCCCCCCCCCCACCAAAAGGUAUUUGUAAGUCAUGCUACUAUGCCCACCUUUGUCUUCAGAUUCUGCAAGUGGCUCAGCCUCUAUGGCUGUGUCAUAGAAUCACAAAAAUCUGAUGCAUAGCAACCCAGGUUGGUAUCCACUGGGGUAUCACCCCAGGCCACAUGUCCCUGAAAUCAGGCCCUCCAGAAGCUGCAGGAGUCAUCAUUUAAGAAAUGUAUCUAGGGCUUCCCUGCUGGCUCAGUGGUUAAGAAUCCACCUGCCAACGCAGGAGACAUGGGUUUGCUCCCUGGUCCGGGAAGAUCCCACAUGCCAGGGAACAACUAAGCCCAUGGGCAACAACUACUGAGGAGCAAGUGAAGCCGCUGCAAUGAGAAGCCACUGCACUGCAACUGGAGAAAAGCCUGCUGCAGCAAGGAAGACCCAACACAGCCAAAAAUAAAGAAUUUUUUAAAAUGAAAUUGUCUUAUAAAAACAAGUAUACCUGAUUUUAAAAAAAUCUAUUGACUUAUUAAAGAGGAAUCUUAUUCACAGAGUGCUGCCAGAGGACCGAGGCUCCGGCCUAAGAUGGGCCAGCAUCUCCAACCACAGAGCAAAGGGCUUUUCCCAUCUGUGUGAAGAGGGGAAGCAGGAUGAAAGUUGGGCUAGUGAGGGGCUGAGCGGAUUCUGAGACCAGCAAGACUGGACGGGGGCCUCCUGGGUACCUUGUCUGGAGAAGCUGACCAGGGGCUUGUUCAGAACCUCACUGUUGCUCAGACAGGGGUAGAAGGUGAGGGGCUGCGAUCCAGCGUUCCCAUUCCCUGUGGGGAGGGAGCCUGAUACCGUGGGCUAUGAAAUAGGACUCAAAAAGAAUUUAGUCAAGCCCAGAUUGGGAGCCGGGUCAGGAGAGCGGGGCCUCCUGGUACCAAAGGCCACACGUCAAACACGGUGGGAUCCUGGCUUAUAUGCGGACGUGAAUGUCUUUGUUUUUAAAGAAAUGGCACAGACACACAAUGACUUCACCCCCGGACCAUUGGCCCCUGAGGUCACCAGGCUCUCCUGUCCCAUCUCAUCCAGUCCCGACCCUGGACAGGGGGUCUCUCCGCGGGGCAAGUCAGGACUUCUCGGUACAGGUCCACCUGCCCGGAACAAGUUCUGCUAGGAACCCACGUCCCGGGCUAGCGAGUCCAGGUAUCUAGAAGGAGGCCGGGCAGGGAUGGGCUGAAGCCGAAAACCACACUUCCGCCCGGCAUAAGACCUGACGAAGGUUCAGACUAAACACUGAAGCCUGGAAGGACAGUAACACUGUCCAGUCAGGGGAGGCGGGGGCGAGCCCAGGAGAAUAACCAGAACUGCUGGGAAGGUGUCAGGGUAACAGGGUCUGAACAACUGUCCAAUCAGGGCUCGGAAUCUUGCCUGAGUAUUAUCCUUUCGGAGUCCUGGGUGAGUGUCAGGAGUACCAUCCAAUAAGAUCGCUACUUCCCGGAGAACCAUUCAAUCAAGGGCUGCGGGGGCGGGUGUUACGUACAUAAGAAGCAUCUGGCGGAGGAGUGCGUGGGACACCGUCCAAUUAGACGGCGGAGGCCCGGAACUCCGUCCAAUCAGGACCGGCGGCGGUCACCCUCCCAUCCCGCGCAGGCGUCGCUCGCUCCAGACCUGGGCGCUCCCGCAUAGCUGUGGGUUGCGGCCCCAGGUGUCUUGUUUCCGUGGGCUCGCGGGCUCCGGGAAGGAUGCUCUGGAGAUCCAGGAACUGGAAGAUAUGGACUCAGUAGUCUUUGAAGAUGUGGCUGUGAACUUCACCCUGGAGGAGUGGGCCUUGCUGGACCCUGGUCAGAGGAAACUCUAUAGAGAUGUGAUGCUGGAGACCUGCAGGAACCUGGCCUCUGUGGUUAAAACCAGAUCGAGUACUCAGUGUGAUAUUUUGAAGAAUGAACUGUGCAGUGAAGAGAGAAAAGUAAGAUUCACAAGAAAUGAUUCCUGGUCUGUUUUUGGAGAAAACUGGAUGUUUCUUGACAUCGGAGGUCACCAGUCCCUAGAAAGGGAUUGGAGAAAUCAUUUGGUGGAGAAGCUCUGCAUAGAUAAUGAAGGUCAUCACUGUCUGGAAGCCCUGAAUCAAAUUACAGAUCUUACUCUGCAUAAAGGGUAUUGGCCUGGAAUUCAGCCCUGUAAAUGCACUAAGUGUGGAAAAGCCUACAGGGGUUGUUCUUUCCAAAAUCAGCAGAGAUCUCUCCCUGGAUACAGACAUUAUCCAUGUGAGGAAUGUGGGGAAGCCUGCAGCUGUGUCUCAUGCCUAAGCCCUCCUAGGGGAACAGACAUUGUAGAGGAACCCAAUAAAUGUCAGGAUGCUGGGAGAACAUGUAAGAGAUGUGUGAAGAGUCAUGGUAGUAAACGGUCUUCAGAUUGUAAGAAAUCUGGAAAAGCUCUUGCUUUUCCCUCAUCCUUUAAGGGACAUGAGAGAGGUCAGCAUGGACAGAAAACCCACAUGUGUAAAGUUUGUGGGAAAUCCUUUUCCUAUCAUUCGUACCUUGCACGACACAUGAGAACUCACACUGAAGAAAAACACUGUGAGUGUGAGGAAUGUGAGCAAGCCCUCCAAUAUUCCUCAUCCCUGGUUGGACACAUGACUAUACACACCAGUGACAAAGCUUAUAUGUGUAAGAAAUGUGGAAAAGCCUUCAGUUGUCCCAAAUACUUCAGAAGACACAUGAAAACACACAGCGGCAUGAAACCCUACGAAUGCACAGAAUGCGGCAAAGCCUACAGCUCCUCCUUAUCCCUCAGGGAACAUGCAGGAACACACAGUCAGGAAAAGCCCUAUGAAUGCCAGCACUGCGGGAAAGCCUUCAGGCAUCAGAGAUAUUUUAAAAAGCACGUGAAGAUGCACAAUGGAGCAAAGCCCUAUAAGUGCACAGAAUGCGGCAAAGCCUACAGCUGCUCCAUGUCCCUCCAGGAACAUGAGAGAACACACACGGGGGAGAAGCCCUUUGGAUGUCCACUCUGUGGGAAAGCCUUCAUGCGCCAAGCCUCCCUUCGCGGACACCUGAGGACACACGGCAGGGAGAGAGCCUACACAUGCACUCAGUGUCAGAAGGCUUUCCGUUGGCCCUCCUCCUUAAAGAAGCAUGUGCGAAUGCACAGUGAGGAGAAGCCCUAUGCAUGUCAGCAGUGUGGGAAAGCCUUUUGGUACCCCACAAACCUGCGAGGACAUAUGAGGACACACACCGGGGAGCAACGCUGAACACCAGGCCUCUGGGAGAGAUUUCACUUUCACUUCAGACUUGGAAUGUGAGCAGCGCCCUGGAGCAGAACCUUGUGAAUGGGACACUGUGGGAAAACCUUCAGGUCUUCACUUAUUUCAUACACAAAAACUCAGGGCAUGACAGAAAUCUCUUAAUGGAUAUAAAUAUGGUUUUCCCUUCCUAAGUGCCUCAUCUUCGAUAGGGAUCCCAGGGUAUUCAUUUCUAGUUCAUGUUGCUAAUCUGAACACUUAAGGUAACUAUCCCACUGUCUCCUUCAUCUGUACUAAUUAUAUUUCAUUACCUUUGAUUUUACAUCAUCAUGCAGUCAUAUAAAGUUUAUCUCAUUUCUGUUAUAAUGUCUUUUGGGUGGGAGGACUAUGUCUCUUGGCUUGGGGGAAUCUUAGUUUUCUAACCAAGCAUGGUAUCCAUGCCUCUGCAGUGAAAGUGCAGAGUCCUAACCAUUGGACUGCCAGAGAAUUCCUGUUACAAUGUCUUUAAAAUUUUUAUUUAUUUACUUA